AUGCCUCAGGACGGCGUCGUCUCCCUGCUGCCCGCCGACCUGUCCAGGACCAGGCGCUGGAGCCGCAAGUACCCCAUCUCCAUUGUGGCGAGCGAGAAGCUGGGCGAGGAAGAGAACGUCCUCGCCCCGACGACACCCAGCACGUCGUCGUCCGUGGCCCCAGCCGAGCAGGGCGCACAGAGCCCUCCACCUGCCGCUGCGGCCGCUUCUGCGCUUGACCUGCCCUCCAUCAUGGUCUCCGCUGCGUCCACGCCCCUGGCCUCUUUCGAGGACUUCCCCGCUGGCUCGCAGGAGGGGUCGGCGAGGACUUCGGUCGACUCAGCAGCCAGUGCGACGGUGAAGAUCUCGCCCACGACAUCGGCCACGUCACCGCCAGUUUCACACAAGGACUCACCGCGAGCCUCCAGCACGAGCUUACCGACAGUGACCGUCCCCGCGGCCUCGGCGCUCGUGAUGUCCACGGCGGCGACCAGCGCAAAUUCCAGCAAAGACGUGCCAGCCUCUGCCAGCAAACAACCGAGGAUGUCGCGCUCCUCCGGUUCGGACGUUUCAGAUCUUUCCGUUAACUUUGCCGACGUAACGAAGGUAUGCGACGUCGAGGACGUCGAGGAGAGGCUGUUGGGCGGCAUCAUGUCGCAGGAGAUCAUUGGUCUCGUGGACGACGACGUCGCGGUGGACGAAAUCGGCCCGGCCUCGAUGGCCUCUACGAUCGGUGUCCAGGGCACCUCCCUGCUUCUGCUCGCCCGCACCGCCCGCCAGAAGGAGGAGUGGUUCCGGCGCCUGCGCCGGGCCACCGGUGAGCCCCACCCGCUCGACGACGCCGCCUUCCUCGAGGACUACGUCGCCUCCCUGCAGCACUACCUCGACGACGAGGGCGAAGUUGCCGAGGACGCGGGCGAGGUCGGCGCUGACCCCGCGGCCUACCAGGGCCUCAACGCGCUGGCGGGUCGCGUGCUGUUCGACGCGUGCCACAGCGCGCGCUGGGCUGCGGCCGUGCAGGAGCACGUCCAGAAGCGCAUGGCCUCGGUCAGGGUGCCGGCGUACAUGGAGCGGCCCGUGGUCUCGGCCGUGCGCUGCAGGCACGCCGCCGUCAAGGUGCUGAGGGCGGGUCGGCCUCGCCUCGACGCGCAGGGUCUCUGGGUCGACUUGGACGUCAGCUACCGAGGCGUCAUGCAGCUCGUGGUCACCAGCAGGCUGAACUUGACGUCGCAGCAACAACAGCAGCAACAGGCACAGCAGGCAAAGCCGCCGCCCUCAACGGCGCCCAUCAACCUCGAUGGCAACGGGGUAGAGGACCAGGUAGCGGAAGAGGUCGAGCAGCUGCCGCCGACCUUGCCGCCAAUGCUGCAACAGCGAACCGGGACAUGGGGCAUUUUCAAACGACUGGCAGAGAGCAGGUUCUUCCAGGCGGCGCUGCUGGCGCUGUCCAACACGGACAUCGUGCUGGUGGUGGAGGUGCGCGCGCUCGACGGCGUGCUCUGCGUGCACGUGCCCCCGCCGCCCUCGGACGGCGUCUGGCUGGGCUUCCGUGGGGUGCCCUGCCUCCGGCUGGCCGCCGUGCCCCGGGUGGGCAGCCGCACCCUGCGGCACGCCCUCCUGUGCCGCCUGAUCGAGCGCAGGCUGCGCGCGCACAUGGAGCGCGUCCUCGUGCUGCCCAACAUGGUCAACAUGCUGCUGCCCUUCACCUGAGGCGUCUUGGGGUCGAAGGGUGAAAAAUGGGUAAUAGCCACAAACCAUCGCUCGCUUCCCUGCGAAACCAUCAAAAGUGAGUCUAGUAGAGC